AUGAGUGAAAAAAAGAAGGCCCUUUUCAUCUGCCUAGGUAAUAUCUGCCGGUCCCCUAUUGCCGAAGCGGUGUUUAAUAAAACAAUCAGUACUGCUGGUGUUGCAGAACAGUGGGAAGUGGACAGUGCCGCUAUUGGUUCAUGGCACGUUGGUCGUAGUCCUGACCAUCGUGCUCUGGCAACGAUGAAAAACCAUGAUUUACCGUACAGUAACAAAGCCAGGCAGAUCAAGAAAGAUGAUUUCGAACACUACGACUAUAUAUUUGGAAUGGACGAAGAAAACAUUGAUGAUCUUAAGCAAAGGGCGCCCAAAGCCAGUGUUGGCAAAGCAAAAAUAUUGUUGCUUGGUGAUUUUGAUCCCGAGCAACCGGGGGCAAUUAUCCGUGAUCCAUAUUAUGAUAAAGGUUCAGAAGGAUUCGAACAGUGUUACGUGAAGUGCGUAAGAUGCUGUAGUUCAUUCUUAGCUAAAGCUCAAAAGAAUGAAAUCUAACUAAUUGAUUUUCAAAAGUUUUAAAUAUGAACAACAGAAUAGUUUUGUCCAUGCAUGGGUUUAUGCUCAUCAUCAGCGGCUGCAAUAAUUUGAAAAGUGUAUAAUAAUUCUUAUAUCCCCAAAAUAUGUUUCUAAAUUUAUAAAAAGCUGUAUUCAGUUCGUUAUUUGUUGCUUUCGGUAUUAAAUGCAGAGCGAGUUCUUCUCCACAAGUUAAUAAUGAAAUGGUCCAUCUAAUAUGCCAACCAUUUAGAGCUGAUUAAUUGUUUUUAAUGUAGAUAUUUAAAGGUCGACUUUAUUCGGCUCUCAAAUUGAGAUAAAAUACAUUACUCAAUCUCAGUAUGGGCAGUUCAGUGAUCGCCAUAAUGAGAAGUGUGUAAACUGAUG